CCAGGCUUCCCCUCGCAUUGGAGAGUGGAGUCCCCGAGACCUCUCCGGGGCAACAUUCAGACAGAGCAGGCUCCAGGCCACCACGAUGCCCGCACCUGCCUCCCCACCCCGCCUGCCUCGGCCAUCCCUGCUGCUGCCUCUGCUGCUGGGCCUCACAGGUGUGGCAGGUGAAACGGAGCUGCAGGUGAUCCAGCCUGAGAAGUCAAUGUCUGUCGCAGCAGGACAGACAGCCACUCUGCACUGCAUCCUGACCUCCCUGCUCCCCAGUGGGCCGGUUGAGUGGUUCAGGGGAACAGGGCCAGCCCGGCAGUUAAUCUUCAGUUUCAGAGGAGGCCACUACCCCCGAGUAACAAAUGUUGCAGACAUCACAAAGAGAAACACCACGGACUUUUCCAUCCGCAUCAGUAACAUCACCCCAGCAGAUGCUGGUACCUACUACUGUGUGAAGUUCCAGAAAGGGACCCCUGACGUGGAGUUUAAGUCUGGACCAGGCACCAGGAUGUUUGUACGUGUUGAGGAUAGAAGAUGGGGAUAG